UCCAUCUACGUGGCAGCCGACGAGAUCCUCAUCGCACCAAUGCUGGACCAGGCCGACGCCACCUUCCAGGGCCGCGUUAGCUUGGGUUCCUACCCGGACUGGGCCAACAACUACUACCGCGUGAAGCUGACGCUGGACUCGGAGUCAGAGCAGGACCUGGAGGAAGCGUAUCGCUUCUUGAUGGAGAAGCUGCCGCCGGGCAUUGUCGUGCCAUUGGUGACGGACUGCGUCUCACCAGCAGCCGUGGAGGUUUAUGGCCUGGCUGAGUCAGGCUCAGCCCUGGGGCAGAAGGUGGCAGCAGCCCUGCGGACCAUCGAGGAGGCUUUGGACCGAUACAGCCUGGCCCAGCUCUGCGUGGGCUUCAACGGAGGCAAGGACUGCACGGCCCUGCUGCACCUCGUCCAUGCUGCUGUGGAGAGGCGGUACCCAGCGAGACAGGAGCAGCUGCAGGUGCUCUACAUUCGCAUCGUGUCCCCCUUCCCCGAAAUGGAGCAGUUCAUCCAGGCAACCGUCCAGAGGUACAAGAUCCAGCUCUGCAUGACGCGGCGGACGGCCCCCUCCUCGUUCACCCUGAUGCCCAUGUGUAUGACGGAUCCCGACUGGCCGCCGUACAUGCGAGUGAACCCCUUGCUGGACUGGACCUACCGGGACAUCUGGGAGUUUCUGCGCAAGCUCUUUGUCCCCUACUGCAUCCUCUACGACAAGGGCUACACCUCCCUGGGGAGCAUGGCCAACACGCUGAAGAACCCGGCGCUGCGCUACACUGACGCCCGGGGCCGGGAGAGCUAUCGGCCUGACUACGCGCUGGAA